AUGUCGGCGAUCCGAGUCGUGCACCCAGCGCCUGACGUCAAGCGCGGCGUACAGUACUGGGAAGGCGUCGAGGCAAGCGUCGACGGUGUUCUUGGAGGGUUUGGCCACGUCUCACGAGUGGAAUCGUUAGGAACACGAUCCUUCCUGCUCGGCCUUCUUCCACACCUCUCGUUCUGUGCUCCUGCAUCGGCCAACGUCUCAUCGACGCAAUGGAAGAAGGAUCGUAUCGCGGAAAGGGGUGGCAAGGGUAAAGCACGCACUCGGGCUCUCGACUGCGGAGCUGGGGUUGGACGAGUGACUCAGCAUAGUCUCCUCCCCAUCUUUGACGAGGUGCACAUGGUCGAGCCCGUCGCCAAGUUCCUGCACGAAGCCAAGGCACAGUCAAACACAUGGCCGCAGAUCAAGACACCGCCAAGCAAGUCUCCCUUUCAAGCACGCAAAGCGGUCCACUUUCACUGCUCGACGCUGCAAGAUUUCGAGCCGAAUCGACCGUACUCUUCUUCACCACGUGUGGGUGAUGGCGAUAUCUCACCAACCGUGUCUAUCGACGACGAACCAUCGCAAGAUCCCGCAACAGAGCAAGUCUCCUCAGUUGAAAGCGACGGCGUGGCAGGAUCGCAAACAGAACCAGUAUCCUACGAUCUAGUAUGGGCGCAGUGGUGCCUCCAGCACCUUUCGGACAGGGACUUGAUAUCUUUCCUGCAACGAUCCAAGGCGGCUCUCAAGCAAGGUGGCAUCAUCGGCGUCAAGGAGAAUGUCUGUACCGAAGAGGCAGAUGGUACCGAGCGGGUUUGGUACGAUGACGAGGACCACAGCAUCACGCGUUCGACAAAAGCGUACGAGCGUGUGUUCAAGGAGGCCGGUCUCGAGAUUGUCAAGUGCGAAGUGCAGUUUGGUAUGCCUGCCGAGCUGUUCGUUGUCAAGAUGUGGGCGUUGCGUUAG